AUGGAUCAAAUGCAGGAGUUGGUGCGACUGUUACAGCAAACAUUGAAACAUUCCCAGCAGGAAAAAUAUUUACUCAACACUGGUGCCUCAGUGGAUGAAGGAAUGUCUCAGUUUUUGCAGCAGAAAGACCACCAGAUACAGGCCCUCAACAAUCAGCUGGAUCACAUUAACCAACAGAAAGACCACAUGGAGCAAGAAUUAAAAGCUUUUCAAGAUAAAAUUACUGGGCUGAAUGACCAGCUUAACAUGUUCAGAGAAACCAUUCAAGCCAAAGAUGAAGUGAUUAUGAAAUUAUCACAGCAGCUCAAUGAAUGUGAGAACAUGCACUCGCCUCCUGGUGUCUGCUCAGGAUCUACUCUAGCACCCUCUGUGUACAAGGAACUUCAAGAGUUAGAUACUCUAAAGGACAGUCUUCAGGGUUAUAAGACACAGAACAAAUUCCUUAACAAGGAGAUUCUGGAACUGUCAGCACUUAAGCGGAAUGCUGAAAUUAGGGAGAAAGCUCUGGAAGCAAAGUACUCUGGCCUAGAAGCUAGACUGUGCCAAGUAGAGAGCAAGUAUCUUGUUCUCCUUCAGGAAGUUAAGAAUCCUGUUUGUUCUGGAGGAAAGGGUCCUACACAUGAAGUAAUUUCCAGACUCCUGGAAGAUGCCUUGAAGGUGGAUAGCGCCGAACAUCCUGAACAAACUACACUCAAACCUCAUCCUGUCAGUGAGUACGACAUAUAUGGCUUCAAGACGGUCCCUGAAGAUGAUGAAGAGGAGAAGUUGGUUGCCAAAGUUCGGGCUUUAGAUUUAAAGUCUCUAUCACUCACCGAUAGUUAUGAGAUCUCUGUGGGAGUCAAGUGGGCAAAUUACUUUGCUAGCACUGUGAACCGAGAAAUGGUGCGCACACCAGAACUGAAGAACUUAAUUCGCUGGGGUGUUCCACAUGAACAUAGGUCAAAGGUCUGGAAAUGGUGUGUCAACCUUCAUGUCCGAAAAUACAGAGAUAAGCAUAAUUCGGGGUAUUUUAACUCCUUGCUGGAGAAAGCACUAGAGAAACAGAAUCCUGCUUCAAAGCAGAUCGAGCUGGACCUUAUGCGCACUUUGCCAAACAAUAGGCACUAUGCCUCACCAACUUCUGAAGGAAUACAAAAACUUCGAAAUGUUCUGUUGGCGUUUUCCUGGAGGAAUCCGGAUGUGGGAUACUGCCAAGGCUUAAACAGGUGUGAACUUGUUUGUAUUUGGAUAGAAAUCUUGAGUUUACAAUAAGCUAGUUCUGUUCAA